UUAGUGAGAUUCGACUCCUUGCAUCAUGCCUGAAAGUCGAAUUGCAAUCCUUACCAUUAGAACCUUUUCUGAUUGUUUGGGUCAACAAAUGGAGCAUAGCCCAAUAGCCCGUUUGUCCAGCCCAAGUAAGCUCCGUAUUAAAUAAUCAAACAAAAAGGAGGGAGAAAAGAGGAUAACGUUACAUACACUUUUACAGAGUCGAAGCUCCAACAAUGGAGGUUUUAGCAGUUGGCAUACCUCAUUUAGGAGAGAGAAUACUCUCUCAUUCCUCAAACCUAAUUUCUCUAUCUUCAUCUCCUUCGCAAAUUCACUCGAUUCCCAUCCAUUCAAUUCAAUUUCAGAAAUUCUAAACUCAGAAAUUACAGUAGUAUUAGCUUGCAAGAGAAGCUUCCAUCAAUUGAAGACGAAGAAAAAGAAGAUAGAAAGUACGAAGAUGAAUUAAUGGCAGAUAGAAAUUUAGCGUUGCUGGAUGAUUAUGAAAUGGAGGAGAGUGAUUUUGACCCUAACCAUAAAAGUGGAUACAAGCCAAAUGUUCGGAAAAGCACUCUUAUAAAUCAAACGAUUGGUCAGAAGCUGUCAAUUGUUACAGAUAAACCUCAGACUACCAGACAUUGAAUCCUUGGUAUAUGUUCUGGCCUAGAUCAUCAGUUCUAAUAUGGGUCAUCAUAUUUCAUCAGGGAGGCUUUGCUUGAUUUCUAUGUCUGGGAAAAGAAAGCCUGAACAUAUUAUCAUAUUUAGAUCAAAUUCCAUAUGUUGAGUCUGAUUCUUACGUGGUCUACAACAACGAGAAUGGCAGGGUCAUCAAUCGCUUAAGAGAAGAUGGUAUUGUUGAUUUGGACUCUGAUUAUCACACUAUCCCAGAAUAAAUAUCAAUGAAGGUGAUGGUUAGCAGCUGACUUGUGGAUUCCCUUGUAUAUGAGGUAUGGAUAGCUUCAGACAAAAAGUAUGUACAAAAGAUCUACUAUUCUGAUCUUGCAUGGCCCAUUGGAACUAUUCUCUACUUCAAGCAAAUUCAUGCUGUGAAGAGCCAUCUUGGAAUCACCAAUGAGAAUGCCGAGAGAAUCGAAACUGAGGUUAAUGGACUGGCUGAAUUUUUGGCAAAACCAGAAUCUGAAACCCAGGAAUUCCCUGAAAGAUCAGCAAUUAACUCAUCUUAUGCUCUCCGGACCACGGCCACAAGAACUCGCUGUUCUACAAGGACUAGAGCGGUGGAAGGAACUGAUGCAAGGAAGACUCCGGCAACACGAACCACUCGGAAAAGAGCAUCUCAGGAAGCCUCAAUCCAGAAAAAUAUGGAAGCUGAAUUUGAGGCUGAAAAGGACCAAUCUGAACUGACAACAGUGUGCUUCCUGGAAAUUUCAGAAGUGGUUUCAGGAGUAAGUGUCGAAAUUGAAGGACAAAGUGAACCCCAGAAGGAGGUAGAGCAGCAAGUCGAUGAUGGACAAGAAGUCAUUAAUUUGGAUGCACAAGAAGGGGUUACCGAGAUGUCGAAUGACAGUAAGAAGGUGGACUUCCACAGCUUCAGUCGAAGGGAUCUCCAAAAUCUGUGUAAGGAAAACAAGAAACCUGCCAAUACUACCAAUGCUGCAAUGGCUGCUUCGCUUGAAUCUCUCGAAAUUGUUGAAGGUCUGCAAGAGUUACUGAUGGGAUGUGACUCUCAAGUUCCAAGCUCCCCUCUGAUGUCCAAAGUGCCCACAAUAAUUCUAAGGAUGGAUAUAUCUCACGGAUCACCAAGGCAUUCUGAUGUGCCAUCAAUUGCUGCUGUAACUUUCUACACUCACCCUUCCUCAUCAUUUCUAAAAAAUUGACAAGGAAAAUUUGCUAUCAACAUUCAAUAGUCUUCUCCCCAGCAUUCUUAGUUAAUAGUUUCUGCUUCUCUACUGUGAAAUACAAAAUUAUUAGUAUACUGGCAACACUGCAUUGAUUUUUAAUUGACAAAUCUGUACAAGAGGCUAUCUGGCAGCAAUACUGCACCAUAGAAUCAAGUAUGUUAAGUUUACUUA